GGAAAAACAGAGAAAUGCGACCGAAAAAUUGACCUGGCGGUCGUUUUGGACGUUUCAGCGAGUAUAAACUUCAGCCUUGCAAAGAAAUUCGCCAAAACACUUCUAAGACGAUUCAGAAUCUCCAGAGACAACGUUCGUGUCGCACUUGUGGCUCACUCAGAAUCGGUUAAGAUCUACUCCACAUUCGAAGACGACCAGGAGGAAGAAGGGCUUCAGCGGAAAGUGAACAAUGUCUUCUUUGAAGGAUCUUCCACGCAGACAUCGAGAUGCUUAACAAUACUAAACAGUCAUCUGUUUGCGCAAGAAUCUGGGUCAAGAAUCAAGGAGUCCGGCAAGUCUUCUAAGGAAUAACAUGUCAUUGCAGGUCAUAGAAAAAAGAAAAGAUAAAGAAAUCGACUUGACUUCGCCCACGGCACUGUAGAAUAGGGAAGGAGUAUUAAUACAAGAACAAAUACAAUUUUGGCAAGUAACAGGAUGAAACGUCAUAGCGACGGUCGAACCGUUUUAAAAAGAUUAUCGUUCUGUUAUGAUACUUAAAUGCUAGUUUAUGUAGCUUUCCUUUUUCUUUUGUAGAAAAUAGAUUGAAAGAUGUAUCGGAACAAGCAAAAGUUCGUAAGGUUCACAAAAUCAUGAUAAAUAACGUAAUUUGCUUACAUUUCAAUAGAUAUGAAUAUAUGGCCUUUACGUUUUAUAGGAUAUUCAUCGUGAAACGUUUUCAAACGUUUGGUUUACGACUGAUUUCAGUCAUCGUCACAAUAAAAAAUAUAAUGUUAAUAAUUGACUAUGAAUAUACGAAAAUCAUUGGCGUGAACUGCGGAUUAUUCAUUGCUUCACAGGUUUAUUACAAACCAACAAAAUAAUCAGCUCCCAGUUAGUUUGUCUGCUCAGUUGGUAGUGCACUGCACCGGUGUCGCAAAGAUAAAGGUUGAACUCCCGUGUGGGCCUGUAUUUUUUUUUUUUUUCAGGUUUUAUUUUCUUUACUGAUUAAUUAGUAUUCAUUACUAUAAAGACUCCUCAUGUAUUCAUUUAAAGUGUUAGAGUUCCACUCCUCCUUGGUAGGACUGUGCAAGACUGAAGUCAUUAUUUUGUGGUUUCGGUGACCAUCAAGCGAAGCUGAUGUUUGUCGCAGAGUCUCCAGAGUAACUAGGGCGAGUUUAAGCUUAUGUCAACUCAGGGACGAUAUGGAGAGAGAAGUUUUCUACUGAAUUUGAACUUGAACUAUAGAGAUUUGGACGAACCUUUCGCCUAAAAAUUAAUUUACAAUAACGUUUUUUUACCUUUGCCAACAAUGUUCUGGUUAGAAAUAUUUUAAUAGACUUGUCUUUAUUUUCGUCUUGUGUUCUUUACAGAUGUUAGAAAAGUUGCUGUUGUCGUCACGGAUGGAUUUAGUUUCAUCGGACCUGGAAUGGUAAAACUGAGGGCUGAUGAACUGAAAAACAGAGGAAUCGAAGUGUUUGCAAUCGGAAUUACCAAAAGAAUGGGGGACGACGAGUUGAUAAACUUAUCCAGCAAACCUGUCCAAAAACAUUUCUUGAGGCUAACCGAUAAGGAUUCAAUCGAAAGAAUAUCUGAUAACAUUGUCCAAGAAAUUUGCAAAUAG